AUGCAAGUGCGCCCGAUAGCAGCUAGGGACCUGGAGCAGCUGCAGGGAGCUGGGCGGGACAGGACUAACCCACAGUGCACUAAACAGGGAAGGGGGGAGGGUUCGGGGCAUGAGCAGGGUGGGGGGUCCGAGGAGGCGAGGUGCCAGGCGGCGUUGGGAAUCCUGGCCUCGCUAUGUCAGGGGCAGCCGCCCCCUCAGGGUCUGGACUUGGAGACUUGUAGGAGUUUCGAGCUGCAGCCCCUGGAGCGGAGUCCGAGUUCUGCUGAUACAGGCGCCUCCGUCAGCCUCCUUGCUGUCGUAGUUAUUGUGUGUGGCGUGGCCCUGGUGGCAGUAUUUUUCUUUCUCUUUUGGAAGCUGUGUUGGAUACCCUGGAGGAACAAGGAGGCCUCCAGCCCCUCUUCCACUAACCCUACCUUGGCGGCCCCCCAGAGCCCCAGCCCCAGUCCCAGAGACACGAUGGCCAACAAGCUGAAGGACCCCAAUGCUCUCGGCUUCCUGGAGGCAGCUGUGAAGAUCAGCCACACGUCGCCAGACAUCCCGGCGGAAGUGCAGAUGUCUGUUAAGGAGCACAUCAUGCGUCACACAAGGCUGCAACGGCAGACCACAGAGCCGGCCUCCUCCACCAGGCACACCUCCUUUAAGCGCCACCUGCCCCGGCAGAUGCAUGUCUCCAGCGUGGACUAUGGCAAUGACCUGCCCCCCGCCGCGGAGCAGCCUACCAGCAUUGGCCGCAUUAAGCCUGAACUGUACAAGCAGAAGUCCGUGGACGAUGACGAAGGCAAGAACGAAGCUGCCAAGACUUGCGGAAAGAUCAACUUCAGCCUGAAGUAUGACUAUGAGAAUGAGACCCUGGUUGUGCGGAUCCUGAAGGCCUUUGACCUCCCUGCCAAGGACUUCUGCGGCAGCUCAGACCCCUACGUCAAGAUCUACCUCCUGCCUGACCGCAAGUGCAAGCUGCAGACCCGCGUGCAUCGCAAGACCUUGAAUCCCACCUUUGAUGAGAAUUUCCACUUCCCCGUUCCUUACGAGGAGCUGGCUGACCGGAAGCUCCAUCUCAGUGUCUUCGACUUUGACCGCUUUUCCCGCCAUGACAUGAUUGGGGAGGUCAUCUUGGACAAUCUCUUUGAGGCCUCUGACCUGUCCCGAGAGACAUCGAUCUGGAAGGACAUUCAGUACGCCACCAGUGAGAGCGUGGAUUUGGGAGAAAUCAUGUUUUCCCUCUGCUACCUGCCCACAGCAGGCCGCCUCACCCUAACGGUAAUCAAAUGUCGUAACCUCAAAGCAAUGGACAUCACAGGCUACUCAGAUCCCUAUGUCAAAGUGUCCCUGCUGUGUGAUGGGCGGAGGCUGAAGAAGAAAAAAACCACCAUCAAGAAGAAUACACUUAAUCCGAUCUACAAUGAGGCCAUUAUCUUUGACAUUCCGCCAGAGAACAUGGACCAAGUCAGCCUGCUCAUCUCCGUUAUGGAUUACGAUAGAGUGGGUCACAAUGAGAUCAUUGGAGUCUGCCGGGUGGGGAUCAGUGCUGAAGGCCUGGGGAGAGACCACUGGAAUGAGAUGCUGGCCUAUCCACGGAAGCCCAUUGCACACUGGCAUUCCUUGAUGGAGGUAAAGAAAUCCUUCAAAGAGUGGCAGGGCCGAGCUGCAAGCUUUGACAGCCAGGGUUCCUGCCCAUCUCCAAAGCCUCCUCCGACACCGUGAGAUGCAUGGCCGUGGAACACCAAUGGGACUAAGCGAUGUUAUUUUUGCCCUUAUUCAACAGUCCAAGUUCGGGGCGUUAUUCUGCAGCAGCAGCCGCCAGUCACUCACUCCAGAGUCUUAAAUGUUCCCGCCGUAGGUCAAGGCUGAGAAAUUUCUUGUGUGGUCAGAGUUGUCUUAGUCUUUUCUGUCUCCCAAGGUGAUUUUUUUCCUUUGUUUAUUUGUUGGGUUUUUUAUUGUUGUUGUUGUUUUUGUCGUUGUGGUGGUGGUUUUCACUUUUAUGGAUUUGCAGUCCAGAAAAAGAAUGAGGGGCAAAGAAAGAAGGAGUAAAGGACAGAGUGCCCCAAGGUUUGUCAAAUAAAGUCUGAAGUCUAGAAUAAAGUGUUUUCUGUGGAGGUGGUGAAGCUUUGAAAUUCUGAGCUUCCACCGAGGUCACCCCACCCCUGAAGAGGAAAGAAACUGAGCUGGGCUAGUCCUUUCAUUUUCAGAGUUCCCUACCAAUGGGGCCAUUCUUUUAUAGCCAGUAUUGGGUUGACCUUGACUCAUCCAAAUCCUUGACUGGCUGGUAUUUAUAAAACCAAGAUUCGGACUCAACGUGUUCUCAUUUUGAAAUUGUAACCAAAUUUGAGGGAGUUGUGAGGUUUGUACCAGGGCGGGGACGCUCCCUGAGUUUGCUUUUUCGCAUGAAUUGAAAUAAGUUGCCUCUUCAAGAAAGCAGAAAUGUUUUCUUAGAGAAGAGUUUUGCUGAAGCCAAACAUGCCGAGUGUUUCCUGGAUCCCGGCAGCUAAUGGUGACAUUUGUUUGCAAACAGGAGCUUUGUUCUCAAAAUACCCCUAAUUAUGAAGAAAGAAAGGCAUAUAUAACAUAUGUUCCGGAAUGAUUCGCAGUAAUAUAUAGUUUUCAAAUUUCCAUGAGAUACCAAACAGCUGCUGAAAACAUUCAAAUGGGCCAAAACAAAACCCAAAUAAAAAGCAAAUUUCCAAAUAGCAAGUUUUGGGAUCUGGGGUACCACCCUCUGUUCAUCUUGCCAUGGGACCCAUGUUUUCUAUUGAGGUCAAAUCAGCCAAUCUGCUUUGGCAAACUGUUGACUUUAGAGACACUUUUCAUCUUCAACUUUAGUUCUGUAAAUUGCUAAGUACUUUUGUGUUGUUUGUUUCCAUGUUAAUAAAUGGGUUUUCUUUAGCUAUCUACUUUAGGCCAGAUUCAAGGAAAAAAUUGAUAAUCUUCUGUACCCACAUUUAUGUUAAGUCUGAGUUAGUGAAGGAUUUGGAGCCCACUGGGCAGGGCCAGGGGCUCAGCCUCCAUCUAAAUGGCAUUAGUGAAUGUGCUAGAGGGGAAUUUUCAUGCCAGAUCAGAACUCACUAUUGCAAAACUUGGAAAACCAAUGUAGUUAGGACUUACCAGGGCUAAGCUAGCGAGGCCCUCUAUCUGCCGGUGGAAGGUCAAAUACAUAAAAUCCAUUUGCCAACCUUGUGUCUCACUCUUUAUACAUGUUACAUGCUACUAGAGCAGUAAAUCA